AGCAUUGCUGACGUUCCCUGUCUUUCUCUGAAGAGCUGCAGUGAUGAGAGGAGCAUUACUCGUCCUGUGUUUCGCCACUGUCUCUGUUUGGACAGCAACCAUACAGACAGAAGAUCCUAAGACAAAGUGUGAACAGGAGAGGUUAAAUGUUAUGCUCAGGCCCCUGAUAGGAGCCUUCAGCCCUCAGUGCGAUGAGGAGGGUCACUACAGGCCUAAACAGUGCCACGGCUCCACAGGACACUGCUGGUGUGUGGACAGUAGGGGGCAGGAGAGAGCAGGCACCCGCACCCCACCUGGUACCCCAGCUAAAAACUGUGAAGCUCCAGAAGAUCCUAAGACAAAGUGUGAACAGGAGAGGUUAAAUGUUAUGCUCAGGCCCCUGAUAGGAGCCUUCAGCCCUCAGUGCGAUGAGGAGGGUCACUACAGGCCUAAACAGUGCCACGGCUCCACAGGACACUGCUGGUGUGUGGACAGUAGGGGGCAGGAGAGAGCAGGCACCCGCACCCCACCUGGUACCCCAGCUAAAAACUGUGAAGCUCCAGAAGAUCCUAAGACAAAGUGUGAACAGGAGAGGUUAAAUGUUAUGCUCAGGCCCCUGAUAGGAGCCUUCAGCCCUCAGUGCGAUGAGGAGGGUCACUACAGGCCUAAACAGUGCCACGGCUCCACAGGACACUGCUGGUGUGUGGACAGUAGGGGGCAGGAGAGAGCAGGCACCCGCACCCCACCUGGUACCCCAGCUAAAAACUGUGAAGCUCCAGGCUCUGGACCUAUGGUCGCCCUGAAGGAAGGCACUGUCCGUGGUCAGUACAUGAGAGUGCUGGGCUCAGAGAAGGUUGUGGAGCAGUACCUGGGCAUUCCGUUCGCGCAGCCUCCCGUGGGGCCUCUCCGCCUGGCUGCUCCCCUGCCGGCCAAGCCGUGGGAGGGGGUGAAAAACACCACAGAGCAUCCUCGCAUGUGUCUUCAAAACACAGAUGCCAUGGAGUCUUUGUCAGAAAUCAUGUCCAUGAAUGUGACUCUCCCUGCUAUCUCAGAAGACUGCCUGUACCUGAAUGUGUACACACCCUCUCAACCCACAGGCUCCGAGAAAUUACCUGUGAUGCUCUGGGUCCAUGGAGGGGGCUUGUUUAUGGGUGGAGCUGCUCAGUAUGAUGGAUCGGUAUUGGCAGCCUAUGAGAACAUCGUUGUCGUUGUCAUUCAGUACAGGCUGGGCAUAUUAGGCUUCUUCAGCACGGGAGACAAGCAAGCUCAAGGAAACUGGGGUUUUCUGGACCAGAUCGCAGCACUCAAGUGGGUUCAGCAGAACAUCGGGAACUUUGGAGGAGAUGCCAAGUCUGUCACGAUCGCUGGGGAAUCGGCGGGAGGAAUCAGCACGUCCAUGUUGACCUUGUCUCCGUUAGCCAAAGGCUUGUUUCAGCGAACCAUCUUCCAGAGCGGGGCUGCAACCCUGGGAACGUACUCAACAAAACACCCCAUGGUCUUCGCCAAGGCAGUGGCAAACGCCACAGACUGUGACUCCAGCUCCACAGAGCUGCUUGUCGAAUGUUUGAAGCAAAAAACAGAAGAGGACAUCAUAAAAGCUACUGAAAAACACAAGAUCUUGCUGGGAGCCACCGUAGAUGGAGAAUUCCUCACAGACGUGGCUGAGGAGCUGCUGAAGAAGAAAGAGUUCCUGAAAGUUCCUGUGCUUUUAGGCGUAACAAACCACGAAUUUGGUUGGAUUCUUCCUCUGAACUUUGCUCCUAAAGGAUGGGACAAGGGAAUGGAGAGACAGGCAGUAAAAACAGUGAUGGACCAGUUUUUCCCAAAAGGGAUGUUGGCGGAUAAUGACCUCAUAAUAGACGAAUACCUGAAAAACGCCAAAACUCCGGAGGACAUAAGAGAUGGGUUCACUGAAAUGUUGGGGGAUUUUUUCAUGGUUCUCCCAGUCAUAAAAGUGGCUGGUUAUCACAGAGACGGCGACGCACAUGUUUACAUGUACGAGUUCCAGCACCGGCCGAGCAUUGUCAAAGACAUCCGACCCAGUUUCGUGAAGGCCGACCAUGGUGAUGAAGUUGGGUUCAUGUUUGGGUACUGCUUCUGGAAUGGACACAUCAAAGUGCUCGGACAAUUCAGUGAGGAGGAAAAUGAAUUAUGUAAAACCAUGAUGCGAUAUUGGGGUAACUUCAUUCGCACAGGCUCACCAAAUGGACCCGGUUUGGUAAACUGGCCCCCUUAUGACCAGUCCAAUAAGUAUAUGAACCUAGGAUUACAGCAAACAGAGGAGCAAGGCCUCAAACAAGACAGAAUAGACUUCCUCCAAACUGGGCUAAGAAGCUGAGUGCACCGG